UCUUUCUAAUCACUAAUAUGGAGGUUUGCAUACUCUAGAGAUAUUAUCUUCGUUUAUGUCUACCCUUUAAAAUUCACUGCGGUGGGUGGUAUAAAUGGUGGAUGCGUUCCCGCGCAGAUGGAAUUAUCUCCGUCCAAUUCCAAAACCCCGCGCUGAUAACAUCGUCAUCCUGCGAUCGACUCUACAUUCCUUCCCUCCCGUCUCUUUCCUAUUAUUAUGCUACGGAAUGACUUUUCCAGUCGCAUUCUUUUACUACUAACAAAUGCUUGAAAAACAGCCUACUCCAAAGCCUUACCCUGCGAAAAUCAACGGUACCUUCGGAGAAAGACAAAGAGCCGCAGAGCGGUAGAGUCGGCAGAACCAGACCGAACUUUGAGGCACAAGGGGUCGCAAUGGCCCUAGUUGCCGUCAAGUUACAAAACGCAAACACCAAGGAAUUGCUUUACUAGCUCAGAUCCAAAUCUAGUACGAACCUGUGUUGUUGGUUUUUCCUGGUUUGCGCCUGGUUUGCAGACAUCAAAAGAAAGCGAUCGCAUUACGGAUGACCACAGUUGGCUAAUGCUGUCUUGGACCGAUAGGAUCUCCUCAAAGAUAUCUGCUUCAGGAUAAGCUCGGUGAACCGUGUGCCCUUCUCGAACCCUGUACACGAACGGAACUUAGGGUGACACGUGUGUGCCUCGUAACAACUCAAUCUUCGUGGGAUUGUCAAAUUGGACCACGCAGAAACCUCGAAACUUGCUGAGGCUAUGGCACAUACUUGUAAGAUUCAUGUGGUGGAUGAUACGGGAGAAGCGGGCUAGUUCCUUGCAGCGAUGCGAGAGUUGAGAUAACAAGGAUAGUAAAAUAGACUUUGGGAGUGUCA